AUGGACGGCUCAUCCAAGCGGAUCGGCGGUGGCGGCGCCGACAAGCCCAGCCCCGACCACGACCAGAACCAGAACGCCAGCCCCAACGUCCCGGCGUCCGCCUCCGGAGACGACGGCGCCUCGGCCGCGCCGCCCGCCGUUGGGAGGCGGCCGUUCACUAGCCUCAGCCAGGAGGAGGCCGACCUCGCCCUCGCCCGCGUCCUCCAGGAGCAGGAGCGGGCGUACAUGAUGCUGACCGGCGGCGAGUACGCGAUCUCGGACGCCGGGAGCUACGACUACGACGACGAGGAGGGGGAAGAUGACGAUGGGAGCGACUACGAGGAGGAAGGGGAGGCGCUCGACGAGGACGAGCAGGUUGGGGACGCGGAGGCGGAGGGGGGCGAGGAGGGCCUCGACCUGGACUCUUCGCAGUACGAGGACGACGAGGCCUUCGCGCGCGCCCUGCAGGACGCCGGGGAGCGCGACGUCGCCGACAGGCUCAUGGCGCUCGUUGGGAUCGGUGAUUGGCGAGCCAUGGAGCAGGAUGUUGCUGGGGACGAGGAGGAGGAUGAAGAUGAUGGGGUUCAUACACAGGAUGCAUGGGAAGAUGUUGAUCCAGAUGAAUACUCUUAUGAGGAGCUAAUUGCAUUGGGUGAAGUUGUCGGUACAGAAAGCAAAGGCCUUGCUGCUGAUACAAUUGCUUCAUUACCUUCGGUAACUUACCAGGCACAAGACAAGCAAGAUGGCAACAUGGAACAAUGUGUUAUUUGUCGUGUGGAGUUUGACGAAGGCGAGUCAUUAGUUGCACUUCCUUGCAAACAUCCCUACCAUUCUGAGUGCAUAAACCAGUGGCUGCAGUUAAACAAGGUAUGCCCGAUGUGCAGUGCUGAAGUUUCCACAUCUGUGAACAAUGUGAACAAGCAGGCAUGA